GGAGAACCGGGCCCCCAAGGCCACAAGCCUCCAUCUACCGCUCUCACUUCUCUCGCAGAGAUGGCGCACGCCUUCGCCGGCGGCACCUCCGCCAUCUGCCGCUGCCCCCACGACCCCGGCCGAGCCGCCCUCGUAUCCCGCCCUCGCCACCGCCUCCGUGUCCUCGCGUCGUCCCUACCCACGCCGGCCAUCGAGGGCCAGGGCGUCGAGUUGUCGGUGACGACUCGGCGGGGGCGGGUGCUGCCGGUGCUCAAGGACUGCUCCCUCCGCGUCCCUCCGGGUCAGCUCUGGAUGCUCCUCGGCCCCAACGGCUGCGGCAAGUCCACCCUUCUCAAGGUUUUGGCAGGAUUUUUAAAUCCUUCUUCUGGUACAGUGUAUAUUAACAGGCCAUGCAGCUAUGUCUUCCAAAAUCCCGAUCACCAGGUUGUGAUGCCGACAGUGGAAUCAGAUGUUGCAUUUGGUCUUGGUAAGCUCAACCUUUCGUUGGAUGAGGUUAGGUCAAGAGUAUCACAAUCACUGGAUGCUGUGGGAAUGUUAAGCUACUCUCAAAGGCCAAUCCAAACUCUGAGUGGCGGGCAGAAGCAGAGAGUUGCAAUUGCCGGUGCUUUAGCUGAAGCAUCCAAAGUACUACUACUGGAUGAGCUGACCACAUUCUUGGAUGAAUACGACCAGAUGGGUGUUAUCAAGGCGGUAAGGAAAUCUGUAGGUGCUGGUGGGGAGGUUUCAGCAUUGUGGGUGACCCAUCGACUGGAAGAACUCAGAUAUGCUGAUGGUGCUAUUUAUAUGGAAGAUGGCCAGACAAUUAUUCAAGGUGAUGUGUCUACAAUAUCCAAAUAUAUAAAGAAAAAGCAAGCCCGCUACUUCGGUCACUUUGAGCUUUGAUACUUGGAAUGAAUAUGAAGCUAUGGGGAAAUUUGCCUACUCCUGUACACAUCAUAUUGUUGAAAAUCAGUUUAUUUUUUUAGGCUAUUUCCCCGCAAAUUUCUUACCUCAAUUCCAAGCUGUAUUCUACUCUCUUGCUCUUUACUUAUAGCAAUGUCGAUUUGGGCAUUUUGAGUUGUCAUGUAGGGCCUAGAUGUUCAAAUUCUGCCACAGCUCUGGGUUUCACAAUUCACGUUUGAGUAUGUUAAGCCUGGAAAAUUUGGGAA